CACCGCGGUAUUCCCCUUGCAUUUUGCAUAACCCCGCCCUCAUCCUGGCCACGCCCAGCACCGGCUGCAGCCGCCGCCAGUCGCUGUUGCCUCCCAGUGCUCCCAAGCAGGAUUUCCCAUUGCCAAGCCGUGGCCGGAUGGAGGAGGAGGAGGCCGCGAAGAAGAGGAAGAUGCCCCGGGAGCCCCAGGCAGACAGGGAGCUGAGCACGGAGCCCAGAGAGGACAAAUCCCCGUGGCAGAAGCUGGUGGGAGAGGCCGUUUUGAGUGGCUCCACGGGGCAGGAAUCUAAGGGGGAGGAAAAGCCCCAGAGAUGCUGCACAAGGAGGGGCUGCAAACACAGCCCAAGGAGGUCCAAGGAGGAAGGUGGCCGGAGAUCCAGCCAGAGCUUGGAGCUGGGGGUCCAUGAACAGCUUCACAAUGGGGAGAAGCCCCACAAGUGCUCAAAAUGUGGGAAGGGCUUCAGGUGGAAGUCCAGACUGAUUGUCCACCAGAGAAUCCACACCGGAGAGAGGCCCUACGAGUGUGGGGAGUGUGGGAAGAGCUUCAGCCAGAGCUCCAACCUGAUUGUCCACCAGAGAAGCCACACAGGGGAGAGGCCCUACGAGUGUGGGGAGUGUGGGAAGAGCUUUGGCCGGAGAUCCAGCCUGUGGGCACACCAGCGGACGCACACAGGGGAGAGGACCUACGAGUGUGGGGAGUGUGGGAAGAGGUUUCCAAGGAGCUGCAGUCUCCUCAAACAUGAGCAGAGUCACACGGAUGAGAGGCCCUUCCGCUGCUCCGACUGUGGGAAGGGCUUCCAGCGCAACUACACCCUCAUCAUCCACCGGCGCAUCCACACCGGGGAGAGGCCUUACGAGUGUCCCCAGUGUAGGAAGAGUUUCUCACAGAGCUCUUCCUUGACCCAACACCAACGGAGGCACCGCUAAGGGAAGCCCUGCGAGUGCCCCGAGUGCGGGAAGAGCUUCGUGCGCUGCUCCAGCUCCAUCCCCCGUGGGAGGAUCGGCGUUGGAUGAUCCCCAGUGACCCCCGUUGGGCAGAGCCCCAGAGCUCCGUGGUGCUGGUGAUCUGUGUGGGAAGACACCAGGCUGGGCGGCUCCGCCUCUUCCUGGCUCCCCGUGGCCUUGAUUUUCUUUUCAUUUCUCUUUGUCCUUUCAAAACACCCAAACCCAGGGUAAAAAUAAAGAUGUUGAACUAAGACAUGGAUGGGGACGUGGGGGGAUCUUCCAGGGGAUAUGGGAGAUGCUGGCUUCAAGGGAGUUGAGGGUUCCUGGUGAUUCAUUAAAUCUCGAUAUCCAUGGACAAAGACCCUCUAACUAAUUAAAGUUAGAAAGUGGUAUGUUUAUUCAGGCAC